AUGCAUUUCGAAGACCAUGAGUUCGAGGUGGACGAGGAGGGUGAGGGCAUUGUCGACGCGCCGAAAGGAAGAGCGCGCAAUUACACCAACACCGAUGACAUCUUACUAUGCAAUACUUGGUUGCAAGUGUCGAGGGAUCCAUACGUUGGAGGUGAUCAAAGUAGAGAUGCUUAUUGGGGGUGGAUGAAAGAACACUUUGAUGUUCACAACGUGAGUGGAAUUGACCGCUCUGAGAGAUCACUUCGGUCCCGAUGGUCGACAAUCAACUCGGAUUGUCAAAGGUGGGCGACCUGUCAAAAGGCGUUUGACAAGUUGAACCCAAGUGACACAAAUGAGGACGAUAGAUACAACAUUGCACAAAAGUUGUUCAAAGAAGAGGAGAGGAAAACCAAGAAGGGAAAGAUCAAGAAAGGAAGGGUCUUUACCUUGCCCCAUUGCUAUAACGUGUUGAAGGAUGAUGAGAAAUGGAAGAAGCGUGAAGAUUUGGAUGAUUUGCAUUUGAGCAACAAACGCAAGCGAACAAUUGAGUUGGAUGAUGAUGAGGAGGAGGAUGAUGCAUCAAGUGAUGACGGCAAGAAAAGAAGCCAACGAGGUCAGGAAAAUGGCAAGGAACCAAGAUGCCGCGGCCGAGGAGAGGAGGUUGGCGGCGAGGAGAGGAGGUUGGCGGCCGAGGAGAGGAGGGUGGCGACCGAGGAGAGGAAGGUGGCUUUGGAGGAGAGGAAGGUGAGCAAUGAGGAGCGAACUAGAUUGUUGGAAUGGGAGAAGCACUUGUUCUUCUUGGACACAUCUAACCUUAAUGAGGCGCAAAAGGAGUAUGUCAAUCUUGCCCGUGAAGAAGUCUUGAUCCAAAAAAGAGCAAUGGUUCGUGCAAUGGGUGGCGGCGGCCUUGGCGCCAUGGGUGGCAUGGGUGGCUUCGGAGAUGCCGUUGAAGAUCUUGCCAACACCGUCGGAGCUUCACGUGAUGCGAGGCACGAUGAGGAGAGGGAGGAAGAUUCAUCUUCGGAGAUGAAAGAAUCGUCUUCCAAAGAUGAGGACGAAGACGAGGACGAGGAUUGA